CUCGCUCUCCCUCUCUCUCUCACCGUUUCACACACAUGCGUCGACAUCGUACUCCUUGGCAGACAUGCUUAAGCUCUCUCUCCGUCUCUGUGUGCUCUGCAGCUGCAGCAGACCAUUGCGCCCACAUUGCACAGGAGGUUAUUUCAGCCACUGAAGUCAUUCGUCGUCAUUGGCGUUCGGGACGAGCUCACGAAAAGGAUGGCAAGCGUGCGGACUGUGCGUGUGUGAACGUAAACGCGCGAGGUUUCGGAGGCUGCUGCGAACCUUCAUCUGGCCGUCUGAGGAAUCCGUGGACGAGGAGAGGGCAAGAAGCAGAGGACAUAGAUUUGUCACAGCGCGUAAACAUCAGCGUCGUCUGAUCAGACAUGGUCACCGCAUAGGAAUCCGGCGCCACGGCGACGAGGUACCUCAGACUCGGAGGUCGAGAGCUGAGACAAACAUGGCGCUCGAGGAGAAGCCGGGUGUGAAGAGCAGCGGCUCCAUUGUGCCCUGUUUCCUGUUUGUAGAGCUGGUGAUCAUGGCUGGGACAGUUCUCCUGGCUUACUACUUCGAGUACACAGACACCUUCCCCGUGCACAUCCAAGGGUUCUUCUGCUAUGACAAAACCUUCUCCAAGCCUUACCCUGGACCAGACAACACCAGCAAGAUCCCCCCUGUCCUCAUCUACUCGCUUGUCUCAACCUUACCCACCCUCACGAUUCUUGCUGGAGAAUUAUGUGCAGUCUUCACCAAGGCAGAGGGAACCCAGGAGAAGACCAUCGUCACUGCAGACUGCUGCUACUUCAACCCCCUACUGAGACGCAUCAUCCGCUUCUUAGGUGUCUAUGCCUUUGGUCUAUUUACUACAAGCAUCUUCGCCAACGCCGGGCAGGUGGUGACAGGAAACCAGACUCCUCACUUCCUCUCAGCAUGCCGACCAAACUACACGGCCCUGGGCUGCCAAUCCAGCACGCAGUACAUUACAGAGCGCCGGGCCUGCACCGGCCACCCUCUCAUUGUCAUGUCCGCACGUAAAUCCUUCCCAUCCAAGGACGCAGCGCUCGGUGUCUACUCUGCAGCGUACACAGCGAUGUAUGUGACGCUGGUGUUCAAGACCAAAGGUACACGUCUGACCAAGCCCACCGUCAGCUUCACCUUGCUGUGUCUGGCAAUGAUCGUAGGCGUUGUCAGGGUGGCCGAAUAUCGCAACCACUGGGCCGACAUCCUGGCGGGAUUCUUCACCGGGGGAGCUAUCGCUGUGUUUCUAGUGACUUGUGUGAUUAACAGCUUCCAGCAGACACAGCCCAGCCCUUCUGCGCAACGACCCCAACGCCCUCAGUCAACGCCGGGUAUGCCCAUGGUGACGCUGCCCUGCGUCGAGAGCCCACUGGAAAAGUUCAGUGGCCCUCAGCAUCCAGCACUUUGCUCGUCACCCCCACUCUACAACACCUACGCUCAAGCAUUCUAACCAACGUGAAGUCUUUUCAGCUCUCAUCUUCCUUUGUUCUCAUAUUUCUCUUUUGUACAUGUAAAGUAGCACAAGCCACAAAGACAUCCUCUCUCACCCCUACAUCCCUGUGCAUCGCUCUUGAUUAGCCUUCUCUUCGCUUUCCUCUCUCUUCCGCCUCCCCCCAUCCUCUCCUCUUUCUCACUCCUCUCUUUCCCCUGCAGAAGACUCCGCGGGGAUCUCCGUUCACCGAGAUCACAUGACCAUCAGCCCUAUCGGUUCCCCGCCAAACCCGAUGUCCUCACACCGUCUCGCUCCAUUUCCAGCGAAGUCUAGACCGGGCCGAACAGCACUCUCCUCGUUGUGCCGCACAUCCGACCGGGCGGCACGCAACACUUUGCCGCUCCUAUUCCACGCAGGUCUAGACUGCUGAUGCACAAUUGUAAAGUACAAACACACAGACACACACACAAACACGCUUCCUGUGGCCCCCGCCCACAAACCCUCCAACUCCCAGGGAACCGAUAGGCAAGACUUUUUCAAAGACUAUAUUGUCUUUGCUGGAACCUCAGCGAAGGGCCAGAACAUUCACUUUUCUUUUUCAGUCAUCUUUCUACUUUUUGAUAUAAAACCAUGUGAAGCUAACUCGUUUUAACUGCUGUGCUUUGUUCGGUAAGACACACCAGACUGUGACCACAAAGAAUGUCCCUGUUUCCUCCCUUCCCACUCUACAAAAAUGUGUGUAUUACAGUGAACCCCCGUUUAUCGCGAGGAUACGUUCCGGACCCACCCACCUUUACUUCUUCCAAAUGAUUCGAACACGUGUCAAUUUAUUGACAAAUACUUCGAGCUAAUAAAAAACACUUUAGCGCCUGUUCUCAGUCUCGCUCUCAUAGUUCUCCAAUAAGAGUUCUUGCUUCAAAGUGUUUAUUUGUCACUCUCAGCUGAGUUUACUGUAAAACUAAAACGUAAAACAAGAGAAAUAAAAAGAUUUGAUAUUUCAA